AAAAUACUAAAAAAAAGUGUUGAAAAUCACAAUCUUAUAAUAAAUUAUUAUGAGAGAUUUUCAAUUCCACUUUGGCAAUACUUCGUGGUUGUAUGUUAGAUACAAGUAGUAGGAUUGAAAUAACAAUACUCCCUUUGUUCCAUUGAAAUUGACCCAUUUGAUCACUUGUUGUUCUCGUAUAACUUUUUGAUUUUAAAUGGAGCACUUUUAGUGGGACGGAUGAAAUAGUUGAUUUCAAUGUACUCUGUAUACGCAAAAGUAUUUUUUUCUUUCUUAAAUGCAUAGACAAAUGGAAAAGAAUAAGAAGGUAUUUUUAUUUUCCUAAAUGCAUAAACAAAUGGACAAAAACAGAAUCAUAAAUGAUUGAUUCAAAAAGAAGUGUCUCAAGAUUUCUUAUCUUAUUCAUUCAGUGUCAAACUAGAAGCAGUGAAGCACUUAAUAGUCUACCGCUCUAGCCUAGUUGUGUUUGAUUUUGACCAAAUCUAGAUUACAAGUCAUUCGGUUCGAAUCAGGUCGGGUUAAUAUUAAGAUAAAUUACAGGACCACCCGAUGACCCGAAUGACUUAUGAAUUAGUUGAUCAUACAAAAAUUAAACUAAUUAAACACAUAAAAAAAUACCGUUAAUUAGUAAUGAAGUGGUGGUUAUCUCAACUCCAUCCACCAAGCAAAUACAGCUUUUAAGUCUCUCUCUUCUAAACUCACUUUUUACGCUUCUAGAUUAUCCAGGAUGCAGCCACGUCACACUCGCCGCCGAUCAUUAGAGCUGUUGUGGCCUAGAGUUGUUCUGCGCAAAUGGCUUAAUAUCUCUUCCAAGGAUUCCGAUUACAGCGCCGAUACGGAUAUAGAAGAUAUUGAUGAUGAAGACGACGAUGAUUUGUUUGGUUCUCUUGCUUCUGUUGAUGAAGAAGACAACCUACCACGAUUGAGAAGGCGAAACUCUGAAACUUUCAGGGCUCAAUAUAUACAUACGAAGGAUAUCAGAGUAUGUGUUGGGACUUGGAAUGUUGGUGGAAAAUUUCCGCCUGAUGAUCUUGAUAUUGAGGAUUGGAUAAACAUCAAUGAACCAUCUGAUAUUUACGUGCUAGGUCUCCAGGAAAUUGUACCACUGAAUGCUGGUAACAUUUUUGGGGCUGAAGAUAACCGACCAGCCUUGCAAUGGGAAAGUAUUAUUCGAGAGACACUUAGUAGAGUUACAGUUAAGAAGGGCUUUAAAAGCUACAGUGAUCCCCCUUCUCCAUCAAAGUUCAAGCCGUCAGAUGAUGUUCCUGAUAUAGAGGAUGAGAUAUCACUUGGUUCUGAUAGCGAAGGGGAGGAGGAAGUGUAUCCUGUGGAUAAGGAGCUCAAUGGAUUUUAUGAAGUUAGAGACAAACUGGUCAGUGGUGAUGGAAUGUAUAAAGACCCUGGAGUUUCAAGAGGUGACGAGAUACCUUAUUCAGAUGUUUGUGUAGAGAAGGAUUUGAAAAGGCAAACAGUACCUUCCAAGAGAUUUGAGAGAUUACAAAGCUUUCAGUCAGGUCCUCUGAAUGCAGGUGAUGUAUUCGCCAUCAAUCCAAUGACAUCGAAAUUAACUAAGACAUUAAGUGGAACGGAAAGGAUUGGUUUGAGCUGGCCUGAGCCUCCCCUAGAUUUGUUAGCUCAACGUGUUUUGGAGAGACCGCUUAGUUUUAAGUCAGGAAAAUCUUGUAAGAUGUCUAAAUCAUUUAGGGCAUACAAUUCUUUUAAGAUAAACGGUGACUACAAGAAUUUGCCAGAUGUUACCACGGUUGCAGAACUUGAUCUUGAAACACUUAUACGACGGAAAAGAAGACCAGAAUAUGUGAGGAUAGCAAGUAAGCAAAUGGUUGGAAUUUUCCUCACUAUAUGGGUUCGUAAAGACUUGCGCAAACAUAUACAGAACUUAAAGGUGUCUACCGUUGGUGUUGGUGUUAUGGGCUAUAUUGGUAACAAGGGAGCAGUUUCUAUCAGCAUGUCUAUAUAUCAGACUCUUUUCUGCUUCAUAUGUACUCACCUGACAUCUGGGGAAAAGGAAGCUGACCAACUAAAACGGAAUGCUGAUGUGAAUGAAAUACACCGAAGAACAUACUUUCGCACAGGUUCAGGUCUUGGAGUUCCUAAAAGCAUUUAUGAUCACGAAAGAAUAAUUUGGCUUGGUGAUUUGAACUAUCGCAUCAGUAUGUCAUAUGACGAGACACGGAAGCUAAUAUCCGAAAAAGAAUGGUCCAAGUUGGUUGAAUGUGAUCAGCUUGUGAAAGAGUUCAGAAAAGGUCAUGUAUUUGAUGGAUGGUCUGAAGGCAUAUUAAAAUUUCCACCGACUUACAAAUAUGAGAUGAAUUCUGAUAAUUAUUAUGGAGAAGACCUGAAAGUGGGGAGGCGUAAUCCAGCAUGGUGUGAUCGCGUUCUCUCAUUCGGAAAAGGAAUAAAGCAGCUCGACUAUAGAAGAUCUGAACUUAUUUUGUCUGACCAUCGACCUGUCACUGCAACAUAUGAUAUUGAGGUGGAGGUGUUCUCUCCUAGAAAGUUACAGCGCGCCCUUACAUUUACUAAUGCAGAAGUGGAAAAUGAAGAUAUUGUGUUUGACCAGAGAAUGAAUGCGGCAUUGAGCCACUUGAGACCGAAAGAGGACAUACCUGGCUUGGUCCACUGACUUGGUGACCGCACUUGAACUGGAUCCAGUGACUCGGCCUGUCUCGUGUGUACCAUUCGAGUGUUCAGCAUCCCUCAAUGGUAUAGUAAAUUGCAGGUCAUUUCCUCCAUCGAUCUGUGAUACUUGUACAGGUUUUGACAAAUAGGCAAAAGCAUGAAUUUGUGAGCAUCAUCAUUCAUUUAAACAUUGAUAUAAUUGUACAUUGAUGAAACAACCAUAUUAUGUAUAAAUUUUUGUCUAAUUUUAGAACUCCAUAUAUUGUAAUCAUAGUUCGCACUAUCACUAUGCGGCUCUAGUUUUGUAUGUUCCUUAACAGCUCAGAGUUCAGAUGACAUUUGCUCUUGCAGUUGGAUGAAUUAAGUAACGUGUAUGCCUAUGAUGGUCUAUGAAUAAGCAAUAAAUAGUAUCUUCAGCUAUUCAUUUUCCAAAGGGGAAUCAUUUAUCACUUUUGUUGUCAAACUGUAUUAGCUCAAAUUACCAGCUUUUCAUUAAUAUGCUAUAAUAAUUAGGGCAAUGAUAUGUGCA